AAUAAAUAUUUUCGACGUCCCUGCUGUCGAGUUUUGUUUUUGGCGGAGGAGAAAUCAGAAAUUACGGGCAACCGCAGUGGUUAACAAAUUCUCAGUGCUAUAGAGCCGACGACUUUAUUUAUGAACCUCACUUGUUUCUGACUCCGAUUCCGAUCCGGAUCGAAUUGUGCGGCGUGCGUCAAAGAUAAAUAUCUAUAUAUUUUUUUUUCUGUGAGAACAAACCACGACUGGCAGCCGCCUGGCAAAAAGAUCUCCUCGAAAUCAAAAAAAUUAUUUUAAAUAAAUUAACAACGAAAAAAAGAAGAAUCAAAAAGUGAAAUUGCCUUUUGCGGCAUCUCGACACUUCACUGCUGACACACAAAUUACAGUACAGCGAAGAAUUUUCAUUAAAAAAACAAAAGAAAAUAUAUAGAAAAGGAAAAUAGAAUAAGAACCGCUGUGUUUUUGUGUGUGUUUGUUCGUGCGUGUUGCUGUUGUUGCUAGUGGUGUGCGUGUGUAGAGUUGUUGCGCCAAAAACAAAAAAAAAAAAACGUUCCAAUCGGAAUUCUGGCCUGCAAACGGAACAGCUGGCCACAACAACAAAUAACAAAAAAACAAUAACAACAUCAAUAGCAGUGUCAAAACGCGGCCAAGAACUUUUUUUUUAGCUGCUGAAAAAUGGGCGAUUUCGAUCUAAACGUGGACAGUCUCAUACAGCGGCUGCUGGAAAAUUUCAAAAAGCAAAAAGAGGCGGAAGAGCACGCCCAGAAGCUGCUCAUUGCCCAGCAGUUGGCGGCUGCCGGCGGUGCAGCUGCCGCAGUGGCUGCCGCAUCCGUUGCCGUUUCCGCAUCAUCGCCGACGGCCAGUAGUAGUGGCAUGUCUGGGUCAGGAUUUGGUUCCAUUGCCGGUUCAUCUGGAGCUGGUUUUGGUUCUGGUCCUAGUCCUGGCUCAAUAUCUAUUUCCGGUUCCGGUUCCAAUGAUCCUUUGGACGAUCUCACCGAACAACAGCGUCGUCUGUUGCAACAAUACUCGAUAUCGGCGCCCAGCGAGACCAUGAUAUCCGCCGACGGUGACCAGAUCACGGUCCACCACCCACGCGAGGAGCCCAAGAAAUCGAGAUUGAAAUUGCGCGAUUUUUUCGUCGCCGAAUUUGUGCGCAGCUGCCGAACUGGGAAACAGGUGCAAAUGACCGAGGCGGAAGUGCGUGGUUUGUGCCUCAAGUCGCGUGAGAUAUUCUUGCAACAGCCCAUUCUGUUGGAGUUGGAGGCGCCCCUGAUCAUCUGCGGCGACAUCCACGGCCAGUACACAGACCUCUUGCGACUGUUCGAGUAUGGUGGCUUCCCUCCAGCCGCCAAUUAUCUAUUCCUUGGCGAUUAUGUCGAUCGCGGCAAACAGUCCCUGGAGACGAUCUGCCUUCUAUUGGCCUACAAGAUCAAAUAUCCGGAGAACUUUUUCUUGUUGCGCGGCAACCAUGAGUGCGCCAGUAUUAAUAGGAUUUAUGGCUUCUAUGACGAGUGCAAGCGUCGGUAUAAUGUUAAAUUGUGGAAGACCUUCACCGACUGCUUCAACUGUCUGCCGGUGGCGGCGAUCAUCGACGAGAAGAUAUUCUGCUGCCAUGGCGGCCUGAGUCCCGAUCUCCAGGGCAUGGAGCAGAUCCGACGGCUGAUGCGUCCCACAGAUGUACCCGAUACCGGACUACUAUGCGAUCUCCUGUGGAGCGAUCCGGACAAGGAUGUCCAGGGCUGGGGCGAAAAUGAUCGUGGGGUGAGCUUUACCUUCGGCGUGGAUGUGGUUUCCAAAUUUUUGAAUCGGCACGAGCUGGAUCUAAUCUGUCGUGCGCAUCAGGUUGUGGAGGAUGGAUAUGAGUUCUUUGCCCGUCGCCAGUUGGUUACAUUGUUCUCGGCGCCCAACUACUGCGGAGAAUUCGACAAUGCCGGCGGCAUGAUGACCGUGGACGACACGCUCAUGUGCUCAUUCCAGAUCCUGAAACCAUCCGAGAAGAAGGCCAAGUAUCUGUACAGUGGAAUGAACUCUUCGAGGCCCACAACACCGCAGCGUAGCGCCCCAAUGUUGGCGACCAACAAGAAGAAAUAAUAUAUCCAUCCGCUUCCAUUUCCUUAAAGGUUCAACAUAAAAAACAAAAACAAAACAAACAACAAAAAAAGUAACAAAAAAAAUAAUAAUUUCAAAUGGAAACCACAACAAAAUAAACUUUUAUAUAGAUACACACGUAUAAAUAUAUAUAUAUAUAUAUAAUAUAAAAAGAAAUCGGUAUAUAUGUAUAAAAUAAUAGAGAAAGGAGUGGCGCAGGAGAGAGGGCAGGAUGUGGCAGGACGAUAUAUAGAUAAUUGUUACGAGCUCUGCGGAUUCUGUGUCUAAUUCGAUAAACUUGCAUCUGUAUAUACGUGUGGCUGCCACAGCAGCAGCAGCAGCACCACCACCACCAGUAGCAACCACAAUCCCGCAUGCACUGACCCUUGCCACCCACGAUCCUCCAUACACCUUCGUACACCCCCCCC